UAAUAAAAUAAGAAUUGUUAAAUCUUUACUAUGAUCUUAAUGGGAAGAUUUAAGAAUGUUAUUUAAAAUAAAGUUGCCUAUUAUUUCUAUUUUAUGGUACUUUAGAGCUUCCAUUAUUUUAAUUGCUACAAGGAUUAAUCUAUGCAUAUAUUAUAUAUAAUGUAUUUAGAUUUCUUAAUUCUUAUUCUGAACAUUUUUAAAGUAUUUUAUUAUAUUUUCUUACACAGAAAUAGUAGCAUAGUCCUUAGUGGCUUUCAUUCCUAGAAGGAUUGCCAUUCGUGAUCCGUUUCCUCUCCGAAGAUCAUUCGCAGUUAGCUAGGUUUCGGCAAAUGCGCAGCUAUAUUCUUAUAUCUGCUACUUCUUCCCACUGCAGGUAAGGUAGAGAUACUUGGAUCACGUCCUCGGCUAUUCGGGUUCAGGCGUUCCAUCUCCGUUCCAUGUGGUUUUGAAGAGCAGGGAAAACCCACUGCUGGCUGUCAAAGAUUCAGAGAAGAGCACCAUUAUCUUACCAAAAUCACAGUGUAUUUUCAGAAAAUCCCUGAUGCUAAGUUAGAACAAUGUAUGUAGAAGUUGCUUAACCUGGUUGUAGAAACAUCCUGAACUUUCUAGAGAAUGUAUUUUAAUCAUCAAAGCACCAAGGGUGCAAAGUGCCAUAGCGAUCUGAAGUAUAGUGCAGCCCCUGGAUGGAAAGGGAACAAUUCCUUCCUUCCUUAGAAAUGUUACUCAACCCAGGGCCAGGAGGGAUUGUUUCUCUAUCAAGAAUUAACUUUGGGAGUUGGGGAGGGGAGGAGGAAGUGGAAGGGCUGCAGUAUUUCAUGCCAAAGAAGCCUUUUCCCCGGUGUAUUUGGGAGAUGAACUAAAACAUGUAUAAACCGCUCUGGGAUGUACAUUUUCCACAGAAAUUUGGGGGCACUAUUAAAGUGGCUAUUCAAAUGACCUACAAAGUCACACCAGCUGCUCUGCCUUGAAGGCCACGCUAAGCAAAUAAAGGAAUAAACAGAUCCCAGGAGACACUUCUUCCGAGCCAUCUAAGAAAAAAACCCUUCCAGACUUUCAGAAACAGUGUUUAUUCCACUUACAUCACAAAGAAGCAAUAACUACUUUAAACUGCUGUAACAAAUUAUGUAAGUUCCCAGUGUUGUGUUUAUUGUUUGUUUAACCAGGCUUGCCUCUGCUUACAGGACUCUCCUUCUCUCCAGUGACCAGUAGUAAGACUUACACAGGAUGUGUGUGUCAGCAGGAGGGAGGGGGUCACCGUGUGUAGUAGAGGAAAGGACGGACGUGGUGAACUUAAACCCUUGGAUCACCAAUCUCCUGGAUCCUGUAUGGCAGCCAAGUACUAGGAAUGCAAGAAUAAGUGUUAAAAAAUAUGCCUUGUUUCCAAAGAGGUGGCAAAAAGUCAAUAAUUUUGUUCAAUAUAGUGUUUUGAAACAAGAAGAGGAUGCUGCGGAGAAGUGGAAGUCAGACUUGCACAGCAGGGAAAGGAAUUGAACAGGCUGACCUGAACUGAGUCCCAAGAGAAAGCAUUGAAUCGAAAUGACAACGGCUCAAUUUGAUUGUCAAUAUUGCACAGCAUCACUUCUUGGGAAGAAGUACGUAGUAAAGGAUGACAGUCCAUACUGUGUUUCGUGUUAUGAUCGUAUCUUUUCUCACCGUUGUGAGGAGUGCAAAGAACCCAUUGAGUCAGAUUCCAAGGAUCUUUGUUACAAAGGCCGGCACUGGCACAAAGGAUGCUUCAGUUGCGCCAAAUGCACUCACUCACUGGUGGAAAAACCCUUUGCUGCCAAGGAUGAGCGCCUGCUGUGCUCCGAGUGUUAUUCCAGCGAAUGCUCCUCCAAGUGCUUCCACUGCAAGAAGCCCAUCAUGCCUGGUUCCCGCAAGAUGGAAUUUAAGGGAAACUACUGGCACGAAACCUGCUUUGUGUGUGAACAUUGCCGACAACUAAUAGGAACCAAACCUUUGAUUUCCAAAGAGAGUGGCAAUUAUUGUGUGCCGUGUUUUGAGAAGGAGUUUUCUCACUACUGCAGCUUUUGUAAGAAGGUGAUAACUUCAGGAGGGAUAACGUUCCAUGACCAGCCAUGGCAUAAAGAGUGUUUUCUGUGCAGUGGCUGUAGGAAAGAGCUCUGUGAAGAGGAGUUUAUGUCCAGGGAUGAUUAUCCGUUCUGCUUGGACUGCUACGACCACCUUUAUGCCAAGAAGUGUGCAGCCUGCACCAAACCCAUUACUGGUCUCAGAGGUGACAAGUUCAUCUGCUUUCAAGACCGCCAGUGGCACAGCGAGUGCUUUAACUGUGCGAGGUGCUCGGUCUCCUUGGUGGGAGAAGGCUUCCUGACCCAGGACAAGGAAAUUUUCUGCCGCAAAUGUGGCUCUGAGAUGGACAUUGACAUCUAGAAGUAGACCGUCCUUCCCCCAUCUGAAAUCCACCCUGUUUUUCUUCUCACUAAAGUUGAAGUCGUUUUUCUCAUUUAAGUUUAGAAAAUAUUAAUGUAGAGUUUAUAGUGGAAGAGUUUUUGCACACAUUCUGAUUGAACUGUAUUAUAAAAGCUAAAAAAAGGCACAGUCUAACACACAUGAAUAUAUACUAAAUCACAAAGGCACCUCUCCUUGCAAAAUACUGCACCCUACUGUUAGAAACAUAGCAAAAUAUCUCUUUAUUGUAAUCAAGUACGUGACCUAGACCUAGAAGCUCUGGAUGUUAUUACUGGAGACGUUUUUCAACACUGCAGAGUAAAAAGGAAAUUAAGAAAUCAAAUAGAAAGAUGUAGGAAAGACUGAUGUUUGCAUUCCCGGCUAGCUAGUUAUGUAAUGCAUGACAGGUUGGCUAUGAAUGGCAGACCAACCGAACUUACCAGGAAAAACUGAUUAUCAACAUCACAUUUAAGAAUUCUGUCAUUUUCUCAUUCCCGUUUUGUUCACACAUACUGACUUUGGAGUUGAAAAGCAAAGCUGUGAUUUGCCCUCAUCCACACUGCUGCUACAGCUGGUUAAUUCCUGUGUUUAACCCAUGGAGUCUGAGAAUUAUGGAUGCUGCGUCUCUCUCAUACUCUGCAUAGGCAUAAAGGUGUCCUUUCUCCCUGGGGAAAACAAAACAUAGGUUUCAACACAUUUUGUAUUAACAUUUUCAAAACCCGCAGUGACUUUUCUAAAUACUUACAGAUUCCAUGAAAGGUAAGUCUGUUCUUUCAAAAGAGCUAAACAGGAUAAUCAUUGUCCCCAAAGGCAAACCUUUAAAGUAAAUAGAUCAUUAAAUCAUCGCUUGUGGAAAUGAGUUUUAGGGAAAGGAUUGAGUGUUGGAACAUGACUUUCAUCCAGAUAUCUAAAGGCAUAAUAGAAUGCGUGAUUAGCUCUGAGCCUCAUGCAUUUUGCCUUCUAAAAUUACACAGAUGAUUAAUAGGAAGACAUAAAAGUGGGCUUUAAAGAAAUCUAGUAAUAAUAAGAACUGAAAAAGAAUAAUUCACUGCUGAUAACUCACGACCUGCAAAGCAGUACAAUAGAGCAGUGCAGGCUGUACAUGAACCUUCCUCACUGUUCCUCCACCCAGUGCCACCUGCUGCACCCCAUGCUAUCCAGGCUCCAGAGCUUCAGUCUCCUGCACGACCCUGCGUGCACGCCCAACCAGAAGCAGACAUUCUACAAAUGAGCAGCAAUUAUUGAUCACAAGAGAAGUAACAGCCUUAGGAAAAAGCCUACCACCAUAUGUACAUCUUUCAACCAGAUGUCAAUUGAUAAUGUUUCUACCUAGCUGCCCCUGGACAAUAUUUUCCAUGUUAUGUGGGACAUAUGAAAAACAACCUCUGCUCCCCACAGUAAAUUAUCACCAUUGUAGCAUCACUUGGGUGAGAUAAAGGGAGGUCAGGAGAAGAAACCCACACAGACAUAAUAUUUUUAUAAUUGUCUACUCUGAUUACUGCAUAAGCAUUAAAGGUUCUGAUUGAAAUCUAAUUACAUGCUGUGGCUGAUUACAAUGAUUAAAAUAGUAUCACAGGAGAUUCAAUUAAAAUUGUUAUGGAAACACAAUUUUUGAAACAGUUUAAACUGUAAGGACAUUUGGAGAUGCUAACAAUCUAGAUAUUAAUGAAAGGUCAGACUACAUAGGCUCUUUGAAAGAUAUAGUUGUCUUUUUUUUGUCAUUUUCUCAUUUUCUCAUAUUCACAUUGUAAAAUAUAGGCAAAACUAUCAGUAUUUUUCCCGCAUUGUGAAAUUGCAUAUCUGGAACUCACUAUACCAAUUGGUCUAUGAUCUAGAAGUAGGAGUGCCUUACAUACAUGCAAAACCAAGCUAAGUCUGGAUAGACACACCACAUCGCUUCAGUUAACUCAUUAUAGGUAAGUAUACAAAAUGCAAUGUUUUCUUAGCUAAACCAUUGGUCAUGUUUAGGUAUUUUGCCUUAGAUAGGGUGGGGUGCAACUAUGAACGUGAUCAGACAUGCAUUCUCUCUGUAUAAUUAAAAUCACGGAAACAUUUCCAAGAUAGAGAUUUUGUCAUCCUUCAAUACGUGUACUUAUGAAUAUGUACUUUCGCCUAUACAUAAUGCCACAUUCCAAGAUGUAUUCAACAUACACUAUGUGCCAAGUUAGAGUGCAAGCUAUUGUGGAUCUGGGUGGUGGGAGGGUAGACCUGGGCAUCAACGUGGGAGUGCCACUCACAGAGAUCCUUUCCUACAACUUAUAAAAGGGGCCACUGUAGACUAACACACGCAUGCAGAACAGCUCAGAAGGCUUCAUUAGACUUACAUACACACAUGGAUAAGAGUAAAAAUAUUAUACUGUAUACUGUAGCUGAUCUGGGGUCUGUAAAGGGAAAGGUUCUCUAACUGGCCUGCCCACAGGUGGAGGGGACCGGCUCAGGGCACAGUGGGCUCCCAGUGGUUCAAGGGCUUACAUCUGUGCAGGCAAGGAAGCAGAAGCAAAUCCUGUGUGUUAAUAACAACCAGAUGGCCCGGAAGUAGCAGGGAGACUGUGCCAAAGAGCAAAAGGAAAUGAGAUUGCUUGAAGAGAAAAGGUCAGAUGAAGGGAGAAUAUUAAAUCUUAGGAAAAAUUGUUUAUAUUAGCUAAAUCAGGCAGUAAAACAUUACGAACUAUUCUUAAAUAGAAGAGAAAGAGCAUUAGGGCAGGGUUUGAGGACCACUGUGCUCAUGAUUCGACCUAGAACCACAGAGGGCAAGUUCCAAAGGCCAGGUCUCCUUACGCAGUAAGACAUUUCGUUAGUGCCUCCAGAAGUAAAAAGGUAUAAGCAUUUGUCGAUGCAAGCCAACAAGAGCUGUAUGUACUGCUAGAGAUGAGUAUGCAAGCCAACUAGUCAAAGUAUUUUAUGUUGUCGUGUUAGAAUUAAAGAUGAGAAAGAUAAGUCCAGAAAAGGACGUCUGUGUCCAUGAUAAUAGGUAGAGAAACAAAAUUUCAAUUUUCACUUAAUAAAAUCAUAAACAUGUAAUAUUGGAACAGUUCAGUGAAGUGUGAUAGGGCUGUUAUCAUGGGUUCAAAACUUACUAAAACUUUAAAGGAAAUAUUAAAUUAUGUUGGCGUAAAAGAUUGUAAAAUGGUAAAAGAUUGUAAAAAUGGUAACAUUGUCACAAAAGGCAUUGCUUAAAAAUCACUGCAAAAUUUGUUACUGUAAAUUAAAUAUAUGUCUGAUGAUAGUAACGACAUUUUUGAGUUUAAGAAAAAAAGUACUUUUAAAAUUCACUUUGUGUAUCAGUAAUAAUUCAUAUUCUAAAUGAGAAAAUGAUUGUUACAGUGUUUUAGGUAUAUGUAAUUGAGCACAUAAAUUAUUCUCAAAUACAUUUAUAGAUAUAGGUUUAUGAUUUCAGUUAAUACCAUUUUUAUCUGCUCUACAAAUUGUGAUUUUCAGGAGUUUCUCAUGCUGAAUAAAUUUGCUUGGCACAUAUUUCUCAAAUUGUUUUUAGAGAUUUAUUUCAUACAUUAACUCUGCAUGUAUGAGAUAACUGUAGCAUUUCAACGUUUAUUAUAUAAGGGGGCAAGAUUACUUUCAUCUUCUUGUCCCACCCAUUUUUACAACACCCAAAUUAUAUAGUCAUCAUUUCAGAGUAAUAACACGAUUGAAUUCUGUCUGACCCAAGUAAGAAUGCCUCUCCCAUUGAACUAGGAGAGCCAUAUCUGUGCACUUUCUUACAGUGAUCACAUUUUAAAAUAUUCUAAACUAGGAAGAACCAUUUUAUCUCUAAUUAUCAUUUCUGUGAUUCUAAAACUAUUCUAUCAGAGUUCAAUUGGAUUUUGCUAUUUGACUGAAAUAGUCAUUUGCUAAUUUCUUGUUCUUUCUAUAUUGGAGAUAGUUUUUAAAUUCUUAGUGGUUUUAAAGCUCAUUGGUACAGAUUAGUAGUUGCCAGAGGCAGUGGGGAGGGGAGUGGACAAAAUGGAUGAAGGGGGUCAAAAGGUACAAAGUUCCCGUUACAAAGAAAGUCAUGGAGAUGAGAUUUACAGCAUGGUGACUAUAGCUCAUAUUGUAUAUUUGAAAGUUGCAAAGAGAACAGAUAGAUCUUAAAAGUCAUCAUCCCGAGAAAAAUUUUUUUUUCAUACAUAUGGUACUUAUUGUGAUCAUUUUGAAAUGUACACAAAUACUGAUUCAUUAUGUUGUACACCUGAAAACUAAUAUAAUG